AUUGCGGUAUGAAUAUGUAGAAACACUGCAAAAUUAUUCUUAAAUCGGUAUUAAUUAAUUUUAUAGGUUGAAUGUAACAAAUCUCAUUUUCCUUUUAAAGAUUAAUGAUGGUAUAAGAACAAUGAUACUAGAAAUUGAAACAUGACUAACAAAGAGAACAAUAGAGAUGAUGCAUAAUUGGAAAGGAAUUACAACUUUUCUUAAUUGUUGAGCAGUAAAAACAAUCUCAAGCAAUCCAUGGUGAAGUAAAUGUGAUUAUUUAACUGAUUGGAAUGCAAUAACUGAUUAUCUAGUCUCUUUGUUGCAUGACAAACGAUUUAUUUUUCAGUGACAAGAACACAAUAAUUGAUAAUUUAAUCUUUUUUCCUUCAACCCCUUUACUAAGUAUCAUGGGUUGAAAUAAUUCAUGUCAUCUUCGAUAUUGGGUAUCCUUUACAAAUUGAUUGUUCAAUUUCAUCUACCUUGAUUUGUUUGAUUCAUGAUUUUUAGAAAAUCGCUCGACGGUUAUGAUCAUUUCGCUCAUAUUUUAUCAUUAACCAUGUCAUUGGAGAUUUGGUAUCGUAAACUUCUUCAAGUGUACUGCAAUAUUUUAUGAUUUUUUAAUAUCUUAAUCUAUGUAUAUUGUUGUCCUGUUGUCGAAUAUUUCUCGACGAAGAUUUCUUUGUCUAAAGCCCCAUGGAUGAGCUUAAAAUAAUACAUUUUUAGCACUGAUUUUGUAACCUAUUUCAUUUGUUUAAUUCUUUUUAUCUUAUUUGAGUAAUUAGUUAGAUGUAUCAUUUAGAGUUACUUGAUUUAAUAUGAACAAACUACAUUAAAGGAAAAAUCACGAAGUAGGGUUGAAGUUAUCAUGGAUGCAUUUAUCUGGUUAUAUGCAUUAGCAUGAUGAGGUCGAAUGUGACUGUAUCUAUUAAUUAUUGGGAGGUGCAGAUGGAGAAGAUAAACCAUAAAAGGAGCUAAAUUUAAUUUGAUAAUGCUUAUAUACUAUAUAUUACAAGGACAUGUUUGAUUUGAAAAAUAAUAGAUGGAUAAAUUUGAGAAAAAUGGAUAAUAGAGUGACAAUUUAUGCUAUUAACUCCACAUGGAAAGUCAAAGAGUAUAUUGGUAGAGUAGAAUUUAACCUUUUAUAAUGUUUGGAUUCUCUUAACGUUGGUACGUGCAUUAGUAUCUAACACUUAACAACUCUCACUUAUUAUUCAAACAAACAUAUACACUAAAUCAUAAUAAUUUAUACAAUAAGCAUUAUUUUUUCGUAUUCUUUCUAUUUGAGAUUUUGAGGCAUAAUCUUUUCGUUAUUAUCUUGAUUUUUUUAUAUACCUUCAAUUUCUACCAAUUCUAUAUGACAUAUAUUUCCUUCCAACUCCAAAUUUAUAUCCGAUAAUAAAAUGUCCACAAAUUUCUUCUAAGAUAUAGGUGGGGAAAAUACAAAACAGUAAACGAGGAUGACUUGAUAAAAAAAAUACAUAUUAACUAAUUAUCGCUAAUGUUAUAAUCAACAAAUACCAUAAAGAUUACGUUAAAAUAAUGAAUUAGCUAUUUAAGAAAACCUCAGAUUAUUUUAAAAUAUGAAAAAAUUUAUCAAUAUAAAAUAAAAUUCAUCCGACCAACGAGUCAGGUAAAUAUUUUAAAUAUAAUUAUAAAUUAUCUAAUAUAAAAGAUAAAACAAAACUCAUUCAGUCAAGGACCGAGUAAAAGCUGGUUCGUAGAAAUGGCUGUUGCGGGCAGGGAUAAAGCUAGGUGAGGGCUCCCUCCACCCCCAAAUUAUUUUUGAAACAAUUUCUCCUAUUUAUGGCGAUUUCACGAGUUACUAAUGAAAACAUUAAUGCUUCAGUUUUUUUUGCAUUAAUCAUAGAGUUAAUUUAAUUUUUAGUCAUUUUAAACUAUACCGAUUUAGUUUUUCAACUUUUGAUUUCUUAUUUAUUGUAUUGGUUAUAUUAAUUAACUUCAAAUAUUAAUAUAUACAUAUAUUUAUUAUCAAUUAUAAAGAUAUCGAAAGACAUGGUAUACAUUGGAAUUGAUUUAUUUUUUGUUCAAUAAUCUAAUCACUUGAUCACUUGUUUGGAUCAUAAUACCGUAUAAAGUUAUUUUUUCGCCAUAUAAUUUAAUAAGGUGUUCAUAUAAUUCACAUUUUACUGAUAGUAAACGAAAACAUUUCCCCUCCCCCCACCCCCCGAAUCUCAAAUCCUGGCUCCACCCCUAGUUUUGGGUGACGAAUGGGUUUUAGAAGGCAAUAUUUGUGGUUGUAGGUAUUCUGGAUUUGGUGCAGGGCUAGUGUUUGCGUAAAUGCCUAAAUGUGUUCUUCGUCUAAUUUUUUAUAUGUUUCUCUGUUCUGUUGUUGUGUUCAGUGGGCAGGGUGACGUCUGGGUUAUAGAGUGGGCUAGGUUGCAUUUCUCUGCUAUUGGUAAGCUAUGGUUGAUAUGAUCGAGAUUAGCGAGGAUAGGUUUAGAAGAGGGAUCAAUCCAGUUGAUUGUGUUGUUGUUGUGUGAUUGCGGAGCGAGGAUGUUUCAAGAAGAACGAGAUGUGGAAGCUGACGGAAAAGGCAGUGGAGAGCAAGAUCGCAGACCUGCUGGAGGUGCCGUCAGUGAAGUUACAACUUGUGUACCCCCGCCACAGCAGCGCCACCGUUGCUGAGGAGGAGGAAGGGCGCUGCUCUUGAUGAAGAUCCCGCGUCGCAGCAACAACUGAGUAGACUUUCAGCUACUAGUAUGCUAUGCUUUGCUGUACAUGCUUGCUUUCUUCCUUCCUUCCUUAGCUUGGUAGUUAGUAGUAUGCAAGGACUCCACUAUAUUACUUCUGUCAACACACCUCUCUAUCUUGUCGUUUCAUUUCCUUUCUUUGUGUUUAAACCUCAGAUUAUUUUAAAAUAUGAAAAAUAUAUCAACAUAAAAUAAAAUUCAUCCGACCAACGAGUCAGGUAAAUAUUUUAAAUAUAAUUAUAAAUUAUCUAAUAUAAAAGAUAAAACAAAACUCAUUCAGUCAAGGACCGAGUAAAAGCUGGUUCGUACAAAUGGCUGCUGCGGGCAGGGAUAAAGCUAGGUGAGGGCUCCCCCCCCACCCCACCCCCCCCCCCCCCCCUCAAAUUAUUUUUGAAAUCUACGCACAAUUUUAUACGAAAUUUGGAAAGUUACGUAUAAACAAAAUAUUAUUUAUAAAUAGUUACGUGUGAAAACCAUAACCAUGUAUGUUGUUAGUCUAGUGGUAAGAAUUCAAUUUUUUCACCUGUUGACCCGAGUUCGAGCCUUGGAAGGAGCUAACAAUUAACUUUUAAUAUUUUUUUAGUGUUUACUUUUCCUUUCAAACAAUUUCUCCUAUUUAUCGCGAUUUCACGAGUUACUAAUGAAAACAUUAAUGCUUCAGUUUUUUUUUGCAUUAAUCAUAGAAUUAAUUUAAUUUUUAGUCAUUUUAAACUAUACCGAUUUAGUUUUUCAACUUUUGAUUUCUUAUUUAUUGUAUUGGUUAUAUUAAUGACCUUCAAAUAUUAAUAUAUACAUAUAUUUAUUAUCAAUUAUAAAGAUAUCGAAAGACAUGGUAUACAUUGGAAUUGAUUUAUUUUUUGUUCAAUAAUCUAAUCACUUGUUUGGAUCAUUAUACCGUAUAAAAUUAUUUUUUCGCCAUAUAAUUUAAUAAGGUGUUCAUAUAAUUCACAUUUUACUAAUAGUAAACGAAAACAUUUUCGGCCCCCCCGAAUCUCAAAUCCUGGCUCCACCCCUAGUUUUGGGUGACGAAGGGGUUUUAGAAGGCAAUGUUUGUGGUUGUAGGUAUUCUGGAUUUGGUGCAGGGCUAGUGUUUGCGUAAAUGCCUAAAUGUGUUCUUCGUCUAAUUUUUUAUAUGUUUCUCUGUUCUGUUGUUGUGUUCAGUGGGCAGGGUGACGUCUGUGUUAUAGAGUGGGCUAGGUUGCGUUUCUCUGCUAUUGGUAAGCUAUGGUUGAUAUGAUCGAGAUUAGCGAGGAUAGGUUUAGAAGAGGGAUCAAUCCAGUUGAUUGUGUUGUUGUUGUGUGAUUGCGGAGCGAGGAUGUUUCAAGAAGAACGAGAUGUGGAAGCUGACGGAAAAGGCAGUGGAGAGCAAGAUCGCAGACCUGCUGGAGGUGCCGUCAGUGAAGCUACAACUGGUGUACCCCCGCCACAGCAGCGCCACCGUUGCUGAGGAGGAGGAAGGGCGCUGCUCUUGAUGAAGAUCCCGCGUCGCAGCAACAACUGAGGAGACUUUCAGCUACUAGUAUGCUAUGCUUUGCUGUACAUGCUUGCUUCCUUCCUUCCUUCCUUAGCUUGGUAGUUACUAGUAUGCAAGGACUCCACUAUAUUACUUCUGCCAACACACCUCUCUAUCUUGUCGUUUCAUUUCCUUUUUUUGUGUUUAAACCAAAAUUAAACUUGUACCACAUCGAUUUAUUUAUAAAGCCAACUUAAUUAUAACAAUUUAAAUCAAUUAAGGGGUCGUUUGGAGAACAUGAUUCAGGACAUGGAUUCACUGAAUCUGUAGAUUUUGUACAAAGUUAUGUUUUUUUGUUGCUUUUUGUAUUGUGAAUUCUAGCUUUAGAGAUUCCAAAUCUCUAAAAUAUGCGGAUAUCAAAUCUCUCAUAAUCAUAGAGAUUCUAUAUCUUGAUUCGUGAGAUUUUUUCUCUCCUAAUUUUUCUCUUCCUUUUAUUUAUUUAUCACACAGAAUAUAUUUAUCAACAAAGUUUUUAAUAUUUCUCAAACCACUCUAAAUUUUUAUUAAGGAUAAACAUGGUAUUUAAUAUAAAAUUAAUUUUUUUAUUGUACUUGAAUGCUAACAAUCACACUUACCAAACAAUAAACAUUUUAAAAUAUGUUUUCAACAAUCCGAAGAGUUAGAAUCUUUAUAUUGUUGACAAUCUGUAGAUUUAAACUCAUAUUCUCCAAACGACCCCUAAGUGGGCCACGUGGAUUGGAUUUUUGGGCCCAUAAGUCCAUAACCCCAUACCAUCACACGCCACUUUAGCCAUCUGUUCCAAAAUUUGGCUAAGUGUUGGAGCCACCCCCAGGACGUGGUAAGGAGGGUGGGCACCAUACAACCACCUCCAGGACGUGGUAAGGGGGUGACCUCUAAUGUAUAAUGCCAUAUUCUGCAUAAGUGUGGCAUGUGAAAUUCAUGUCCCUAUAUGAUAUGAUUACCUUAGCUUUUUUUCUUCAAAUUGUGUCUAUGCCAUUUCACAGAAUGAUUGAACUAACUGUCUGGCUUCAACCUUACUGUGAAUCAUCUAAACCCAAACACAUUGACUGAAAUCAUCGAAAAUAGUAAGGGAAUACUUGAAACUAUCAAUUGAAACAACAUCCACUGGUCCCCAAAUAUCAACAUAAAAAAAAAAUCAAGGAUAGAGUCACUAGUACUGGAGCUCCUAUAAAAAGUAACAUUUUCUGUUUAGCUAGGUGACAAACUUCACAAUGUUUGAAAACUGGUAAAACUACAUUAUUUCAACUUUUUUGCAUCUCCUGUAAUCUUGACAAAUAAGGGUUUCUUAGUCUCAUGUGGCACAAGUCUGACUACUUUGUAUUUGUGUUUGUAUGAAUGAAAAGGGCUGGUGUGUUAGUGUUGGUAUGUAUAUCUCCAAGAAUGUACAGUUUCUUGUCUACUCGGAUUGAACCAAUUCUCACUUAAGAGACAAGGCCUGUACAAAACAAAAGUGGGAUUGAAAUAACAGUGAGACUAGUGAACUCUUGUUUAACUGACUUCUAGAGACCAUAUUGUAUGCAAAAGUAGAAACCAAAAAGACAUUAGUGAGUAAACUUUCACAUGACAGCUUAACAAUGCCUAUAGAAGUAGCAGGUGUUUGCUCCCCAUUUGGUACAGUGACAAGAAUUUCAUGAAUAGAUUUACAUCUUAAAAAAAUAGACAUGCUAAUCCUACAUUACAUGGACAUCACAUCAUCCUUUGAUUGUUAGUUGGCUUAGUUAAAAUAAAUAUAUGAUAGUGAAGAAAUAAAUGCACAAAUAUAUGCUACCAUAAUUAGGUAAGGGAAUAAUGAAAGAAUGAAUUUAAAUACAAUUAGAAAAGGAAGUGAAAUUAAUUGUAAAAUUCUUUAACUUACCGUAACGAAAAUAUCAUUUUACUUCUUAAUUUUUAACUUACUGUAACGUAUAUCUCACUCCCACUUGUAACGUAAUGUGUGCUUUACAUCAUUCUACUCCUAAUAGCCAUGACAGCGGAGCCUCUGUUGAACGAGAACAAUCCGGCACCAGUGAGCUCUCAUCCAUGAACAAGCAUGGUCGCUGAGAUCAACAACGACCCCAUUUUACUAUUUAUAGUACGAUUGAUGGAAAGAAAGGUAACACUAUAUUUCUUUUUGACAGAUAUGAAGUCACUAUGAAGAUUUGUCAAUAUUUUCAAAACCAGAAUAAGAUGUUUAACGAAAAAAGUUGGUGAUUGAUGGUUCAAUUGUUAGCCGUUAUAGAACCACUGUUAAGAAUAAAUAGAACCGUUAAUGGGCUAUAAUAUAAAAGAAAAUAUAAUAAAUAAAUUUACGAGUGAAUUUAUCACUAACCAUAAAACAAUUCAAAUUCAUAUCAUCUAUCACCAAAAAGUUCUAACAAAUCAUUCAAACUAUCUCACAAAAGAAAUCAACAUUUUUUGCAAUAAAUUUAUGUCAAUAAUAAGAGUGACAAUCCAUAGAGAAACAAAAAAUAAAUCUGACAAAGGAGGAUGGAAGAUAAAAUAAAAGGAAGCAUAAACAAAAUUAGUGAUUAAAAGUUGGAUGGUUUUGAACUAGUUUACGUUAAUGUAUUUUUUGUUCUCAAUCUUUUGUGGUUAAAGUAGUUAACCAGUACGGACAAGUCAAAUCGUGAUGAUUCAUCUAGUGUCAUGUCAAACCGUUUAAAACCAUUUGGUUAAUCUCCAACCAUCCCAAUCAAAUGAAUCAAAUAAAUAUAUUCUUAUCUGAUUUAGUGGUUACAUAUAUUCUACUGGCCCAACCACUGAUCUGCUCCGUUUCUUUCUUGUUAGAAAACUUCAAAUGUAAGGCAUUAUUAUUAUUAUUAUUUUAAAUAAAAUUAUUUGUAUUUCCCGCCCUACCGCUCAACAGUUAUUGAAACUCUCAUUAUUCUAUUUCCUUCAAAUUGAAUCAACCGCUUGCAUGCAUGUAACCGUGCGCGGGCAAAUCCCAUCGUAUCGCAUCACGAAACGCUGCCUCAUCGCUCUAUAAAACCCACCGUCCUUCCCUCUCCACACCCCCGCGCCACACAACAAUUCUCAUUCCAAACAAUACGACACCAACCGUCACAUAAACAUUCACAUCAUCUCCUCCACACCAUGGCGGCGGCGGCGGCGGCGGGCAGCGGCGUGAACAACAAGAACUUCCAUCUAAAUGUGGUGGCGAUAGUGACCACCGCCACCGGCCCCAACGGCGCCCCCGUCACCCGCGAGGCCGAGCGCGUGUUCACCCUCCCGCUCGAGCCGAUGCUGAACGAGGACAGCGCGAUGCCGUACGUGCGCAAGGUGGUUGAGUCCUUCCUCCCCAUGAAGAUCCCCGACCCCGAGGAAAACGUCGCCAUCGUCGACAAGGUCGCCGACGUAGCCCUCCGUCUCUUCGUCGCCCUCGAAGGUGACGAAAUUGACAAGAACAAGAACAACAACAAGGCUGCUGCUGCUGAGGCUGGUUCUGGUUCUGGUUCGGGGGCUGCGAGCCUUGGUUUGGAGAGGAGGUGGUUUUACGCCAAGGAUGGACUGCCGAUGACCAAGGUGACGAUCUACGUCGCCCAUGAUGGUUUCGUCUCCGUUGUCGGCGACUUCGAGUUGGAUGACGACGAGGAUGAUACUGAUUCUGAUGAUGAGGAUGAUGACGAGGAGGAGGAGGAGGAAGACGGUGGUGUUGAAGCCAUGGAGACGAAGUAGAAGAUCGAGUGGUGGUGAUGGUGUUGUUGUUGUGGUGGUUGUUGCCCUAGCAAUGGCUACGUGCAUGCAUGGUGGCCGGUGUGCCAUGAUAUUAUUAUUAUUAUCUAUUGCAAAAACUGUUUCUGUUUUUUUGUGUUCCAAUAAUAAUCCAGUGUUUGGUGAACUGGGGUUUGUUGUUUCGGGUCGUCGUUUGUAAUGUGAACGAUUGGUAGUAAUGUUGUUGUUGUCAGUGGUUGGUCACUGUUUAUGUAUGAGGAGAAUAGUUAAUGUCUCCCUUUUUAUAAUAAGAUGGUCAAACAAUUCUAUGUUGUGGUGAUAUCUUGAUAUGGGUAUUAUUGGAGUGGAAUAUUUUCAUGCAUUUCCCAAGUUUUUUUUUUUAUGUUGAAAAAACUUGAUGGAGAAGAAAUGUUUGUUGUCAUUGUGAACAUAGACAUGUAGUUAAGUUUAUUUCCAUGUUAUAAUUAUAGCAACUUCCUCCGACACUUAAAAGAAACAAAAAACGAAGCUUUUACUAUCUGACUCAGGAAAAAAAAAAUGUUAUGUAUGUUUGUCACAGUGCUGUUUAUCCUAUCGAAAUAAAAGUGAGACUGAUAGAGCUCUUGUUUAACUGUCGUAUGGUGACAAGACUGUAUGCAAAAAGUGGAAAUCAAUAACAAUACAUCAGCGAGUAGAAAUUCCACAAGGCAGCUUAACAAUGCCUUAAAGAAAUAAAUGCUACUGUAAUUA